UGAACAACUGGCUGUUCCCUUCGCAAGCAAACCCUCCCUCUGCUAUCACAGAAGUGUAAUGUGUGGUGAGAUGGAAAAUACGGAAUGGAGUUUCCGGGAUUAGCCAGUUUGCCAUGCAUAGGCUAUGUCUAGAUGUAGCCUCAAAAUCCUGGAGAUGUAGCCUAUUUCAUAGACAUAUAAUAAUCCCUGCAUACUUAGAAUAGUGCCUCGACAGCUACACUCCAUGAGGAAGAGAUUGCAAGAACUGAGUUUCCUGGAUGUCAGAUGACACAGACUUACCAGGUUCCAGCUGUUACCUGGAUGAGAGGACCUUCCGUCUCAGCUGCGGACUCUUCCUGGAGCAUUCCCAUUCCCUCAAUGAUGGAUGGGCCUGGAAGGAAGUCAAUGGGUCAGAGGCCGAAGGCUACAUGAAAAAAACAGUGAUGGUUUCCUGUCAAGUCAGUGGUAUGCCAUACCAGAGCAGCCAAAGCAAACCAGUGGAAGCCAGUGAUGCCCUGAUGGAAGAUGAACAGUUGUGUUGUGAUCAGGAGGAGGCCGGAGGCGAGCAGACAGCAGUGGCUGAGGGCCAGCCUGUGGUGCGGUACGAGUACCACGUGCUCUACUCCUGCAGCUACCAGAUCCCCGUCCUCUACUUCAGGGCGUCCACGCUAGAGGGACGAUCACUGUCAUUAGACGAGGUGUGGAAUAAUGUCCACCCCAACUACCAACAGAGGCUACGGCAAGGUCCAUGGGACACCAUCACCCAACAGGAGCAUCCACUGCUUGGUCAGCUUUUCAUGCUGCACCCGUGUCGGACGGAGGAGUUCAUGAGGCCGGCGCUGGAGACCGACGCCAAACAGAAGGGAGUGAAUUACAUUGUGACGUGGUUGAGUGUGGUGGGACCAGUGGUGGGACUGGAUGUUCCCCUCAGCUACGCACUGGCAGUGGGCACGCCUGCACCGAAGGCAGUGGCAACAGUAGCAACACCAGCAUCAACACCGGUGUCAGCAGCAGCAUCAACAUCAACAUCUGUCCCGGACUGAAGCGAGCCCCCGGUCUCUCCCACGCCAUCUGUGAGAGCCCAGGCCCCGCCACCACGUGGGGCUCACACGAAUGGAGCCUCUCAAAACAAGCUGCCUGCUUGCAUCCCUGAAGAAGAUGUCGACUCUGCGCUACCCCCUGCUGUGGCGUGUGUGUCUGUGAGGCGACCCUGCACGACCAUGUCGUCUCAAACAGAAAAGAUGACUACUUUAAAUGGCUGGAGAUCACAUCAGCAUGUUGAUAUUUUGCCACAGUGGCUAAGCAUGGUGUGCUUUUAAUGCUCUUGACAUUGACUUACAAAGGCAGAUUACUGUCUGUUCUUCAAAGGGUAAUAAACAUAUUGAUUUCUCGCUCUCUCUCUCUCGCACUCUCGUUGCGAGCUGCCUCGGAGUGAGUGUUCCUCCAUUACGUGCCUCACUUGACAUCAAAUGGGCUCCAAAUGACAUCACUUUUUCCCAGGAAAAAAGCACAACGUCAGUUUCCUGGUGAAGCCCAUUUCACGGCGUCAGGAGUGAACAAGCACUGCGAAGCAGCUCACUGCGGUGGUGGUAGUGACGGUGUCGGCACUGUUCCCCUGUCAGUGUGACUGACUGGUCAGAUUAGCCUUCCGACAUGCUCCCCUCCCCACAUGCAGAGAUGAGAGGCCCCUGCCCGGCUGAAUGGGAGCAGAGGCACAAUGUGUUAUUGCACGGCUUGUUUGUUUUUGUUUAUCUGUGGGUGGGUUGUUUGGUCUGAGAGAGAGAGAGAGACAGAGAGAGAGAGAGACAGAAGCUGCCAUCUUAUGUGUAGGUGCCUGUGACUCACUUGUUUUUUUUUUUUCUGCUGGUUAUUUUGAGGGAAGGUUAGCUUUUGAUGUUGACAAUAAUGAAGGGAUGUUCUUCAGUGUUUAUGAUUGGAGUAUGAAUGUGUGGGAAGACCUAUAAAUAACAUUCUUACUGAAGAUAAAGAUGGAGAAAUGGUGAGGCAGAGUAAAACAUGUGAGAAGCCACAUUCUGUAAGCAGAUCCAAAUGAAAUGGAACAUGAAUGCCAGAGACAUAAACAUGCAGUGAUGUUGGGGAAAAGGUAGGGACCUACUGUACUUUAUAAAAGGUUCUCUUGCUUGAAUAAUGAGGGUUUGUUUUUUUUUUUUUUCAACUACUGCCACUCGUUGGCCAAAAGCAGUGAAACUUAACAGAUACAGUCCUCAACAAAGCCUCGUUCACAAUACAGAAUUUGAUUAAAAAAAUCAGCCUACUAGACUAGCUUACUACUAGUCACAAAGACUAGUGGCCUCAUGAGCCAAGGCCAUUGGACAUUUGAUUUGUGUGGAGAAGUCACAGAGACUCUGAAAUCCUUUUCAUCAUGUUUUUUUUUUAUAUAUACGAGUAGAUUCAUCUGAGUAUGACCUCAUAACUAAAGCUCCUCAUAGAUUGGGAAGUGAAGUGAGAUGAGGGCAAACUUGGCUUUCAUAGGUGAUUUUCAAAGUCCUGAUGGUUCUGGCCCAAGGUUUCUGGCGUUUUUUGAAACGGUAUGUAUUUGUGUUGAUUCAUUUAGCUGAUGCUUUUAUUCAGAGUGACAUAAGAACUAGCAUUCAAGUUAUAUUGCAAAGGAGUCCUUAGUGUAACAACAAAUACUACGUUUACAGCCGCCACCAGACUAUCAGAGGAUGAGAGUACAGGAGUUUAAAUACUAGUCAAAGGACAUAAUAGAAGUAUGUAGAAGGUUGUAGAAGGAAGUGCAUGGUGUAUUGGAUGAGUUAGUUGAAAUGAGUUACAAUUGGAAGAGUUGGGUCUUCAGGAGCUUCUUAAAGAUGGAGAUGGACGCCUCUCUUGCAGUAGCUCUCGUUCCACCAUCAGGAAUUGGCUGGAAAUACAUUCAAAUUGCUAUCCUAGUAUCUGAGCACAUUUGCAAACCUAUAUACAAGGACAGAGUAAUCAGCAGGUAUAGUGAUUUGACCCUCAAAAGAACAGACUGAGUAAUGCACAUCAUUCCAUCAGCCCACUCAAAUUAUAUCAGUUUCAUUCUGUGUAGGAAAACAUUGUCCUCUAAAGGGAAAGCUCGAAAAGCUAAUAUUAAAGGCAAAAUGUUGUGGUUGAGGAUGUGAAAGUGUAUUUGUGUUGUGGACUGCUGGUAUGUUUGGUUGGGGGAGGGAGGGAGAGUGCCAACAGGGAAAGUCCUCACUCAGCAGGACUAAAUGGGUCAGGCUUCUCUCCUGGGGACAGAUCUGUAUCGGUAAGGGGGUCAGGCUGUUACCCAGCACUGCAGUACUUAUUGGACAGGCUGCUGUUUGGGUGGAUGGGCUUAAAUGAGACAGCUUUGCAUCCCGGGCAACACCUGUACUACUGUGCAAAGACCGAUUUUUGAGAGCAAUAGAACGGCAGGAAUCAGAGACCAUUGUUAUUGAAUGUGAAAUGGAAGAGUUGUAGAAUGAUAGAAUUGAAGAAUGAUAAAGCCAAGUGCUGUUAUACCUUAAAUAAACCACCAAAUUUGGCA